AUGGCGCUGAUCGCUGUGAGAAUCGGAGGUUCCGGAGGUGGUUAUGGUGGACAUAGAGGUGGUUUCCAAGGGUAUCUGGGUGGGUCAGUACCUUCAAGCAUUCAAGGACCUCCAUUCAUUGUGAAGCUUUUACAAUUACCAUCGGAUGCGAACGACACAUUCAUCGAAGACUUGUUCAAACUGCGUUACACCCCUGUUGUUAAAGUCAAAGUUGUUUAUGACCCCCUGCUGUCCCCCUUGACUUCUAAUGUUAUACGAAAAGUCGCCUUUGUGGAAUUGCGCUCAGCAGCAGACUAUCAAAAGGUCCUCAAGUGGCAUGAUUGUUACUAUCAACCGGGUAAACGUGUGAUGAUUGACCCCGCUAAUUUCAACGAUUUUCAAGAUACGAUGCGCUUCAACUCCGAUCAUGCUGAUGAAUUGUCAUCAUUGUCUCAGAAGGUUGCAUCUAACUCCAAUCGAUGGGAACGCGCGGGGUCGUUGGGCCAUCAGGCGCCGGUUCAGAACAGACGUUUGUCGACAGCAACGGCACCGCCGCCCCAACCAGUGAAACCGAAACCGAAACCUAAUCCUUUCGGCGAGGCGAAACCAGUUGACACCCUUACUAAGGAAAAAGAGAUUCAAAAGCGAUUGAUUAAAGUGAAUGAAACAACUACCUUAACGGUUGGUGAAGGGGAAGAUCCCAAAGAGAUUUUACGCAAUUAUCAAGAGCGCUGGCGUGGUCGGCGAGGACUGGAACGACGUGGACUGAUUGCAAUCCUAAAAAGAGAUGGGCAGAGAUCUCUUUCAAAACAUCCGUCACAUACCGGCAAUAAUAAAAGCCAACAGUCACUGUCUGAGCAAGGACCAGAUUCAUUACCAUCGAUUCAAAAGGAAUCAAUUACACUUUCUGAAGACCAUAAUCCAGUUGUUGAUUCUGAGAAUAGUGUUCAUGGAAAAUCACUUGAAUGCGGAGAAUAUGACAACCUUACAAAAUCACAUUCUCGUGAAUCAGACAAGGAAGCUCAAGAAAAGCGCUCAUCUAUACCUAAGGUUGAUAACUCGGUUGAAUCCACAUCAAUAAGUGAAGCUCUCACAUCACCCAAGAAUGAUCCACCUGACCAACUCACAGGUAAUGACGCAAAGGCCCCACACUCUUCGAAAGGUAGUUUGGCAGGUACAAAUACUGAGAUAAGUGCGGAUAAAAAUCGACGUAGAGGCGAUCGUCGAGGUGGUCUGAGACGCUCGCGAGGUAACCGUGAUCGUGUGAAUGAAAAACUGCAGGAUCUGGUAAAAGAAAGGACAUCUACAGAGCGCACGACAAGCGAUGAUCAACCCAAAAAGGAGCAAUCUCUGUCGAGUUCUCAUUCUCGAGAUCACCGAUCUCGACGUCGCCGUGAUGAGCGGAAACGCCUGGAUAAAAGCGGGGUCAAACUGAGUGCUGAUCAAACGACCAAACCGGCUGCGAAGUCUGUGCUGGAUUCGGACAUCGUGAGAGAUACGAAUGCGAGAACUACUGAGGGACUGCGCCGGGGGUCACUAGAUAAGAAAGAAGGUGAGGGGCUGGGAAGACGCAGUCGGCGAGGUGGCAAACGGCGUACUCAAGGUUCUAAUGCCGAAGAACGGAAAGACGGACGGGACAAAGAAGAGUCACACAAAGCUACCCUGAAUGCAACAACUAAUCCCCAAGUUGGUCCUCUCAUCGAAUAA